CCGACCGUUCGGCGCCGGGACGGCAGCUUGGAAUGCUGGUGCGGAUGGAGCCACGUGACCCAGCGGUCCCACGGCCGAGAGACGGGAGCUAAAUGACUGCCCAAGGAACAGACGUAAUCAGCUGGCACCUUUGUCGCUGCAGCUGAUCUGCAGAAAGGUGGCUGAACUCAGUGUUCCAGAGCAUCUGUAACAAAGAAAGCUUUUGUUUUACUAAGUGCUCAAACAUGGGUGACAUGAAGACCCCAGAUUUUGAUGACCUCCUAGCUGCUUUUGACAUUCCUGACCCAGACCUCGAUGCAAAGGAGGCUAUCCAGUCGAGUAGUGAGGAGACAGAAAGUCAUCUGAAGCAAGCAGGUAUGGGUAUAGACGAGUUGUCUAUGCACCAUGCCAUACCUGAUGUCCCAGUGGUGAGUGUUAUUGUUAAGAACACCAGCCGACAAGACUCCUUCGAUUCUAUCACUGAAAAGGAUGGCCAUCAACUUGGACAGAAUCUGCUUCAAAAUGGGUUUCGAAAUUCUGAUCUUACUGCUGAUACCCAUAAUCUUGGAAAUAGCUACAGCAAAAUGGUCACUGCUUUCAUCAAUGGAGAUAGUUCCAGAAACUACUCAGAUAAAUUUGAUGCACCAAGGUCAGAAACACUGCCAGCCUUUAGUCAGUUUAGCCCCAUUUCGAGCCCAGAGCCAGAUGAAACCAUUCAAGAUGCUAGUAUUAUGGAUAAUCUUAAACGGGAUGAGAGACCUUACCUUGGUUCUGUAGGCCUGUAUAUUUCUACGGAGAGCUCUCUGGUGGACAGUACAAGGGAGCAGCCUAAACAAGCUGUGACCGAGCUGAGCAUGUUUGAUGAAUACUCUAAAAAACGGGAAAAAGCCAGUGAGAUUAGAAACUGUAAAGUGAAGGAUGUCAGCUUGGGACAAAGGACAAACUCAACAAAUGUAUCUGAAGAAGCAGAGCAAAAGGACAAGGUCUUUGACAAAAGUUUGUUUGACAGCUUGCAGCCCUCAAAUGACCUGCAUAAUAAUAACAUAGAAGAGCCAAAGAGCAGUAGUGUUCCAGAGAUGACCCUGUGCUCUUCUGUCCCACCUCGCCAGCGUCUGAAAUCAGCUCAUUCAAAGCUGUCAUCUUGCUUAGCAGCAUUGGUAGCUCUAAAUGCCAAAAAAACAUCAGAAUUCCCAAAGGAAGAACAAAAAGAAAACUUUAAAGAAUCCCUGUUAGCUUUGAAGGACGGGGUAAAGGGCAGCCCCAAAAUGGCAAAGUCACCAAAGAGUCCGAGAAGUCCAAUGGAGGGUGUAAAGAAAAUGAUAAACAAACAACCUGAUAGUCCAAGGAGUGUGUCCAGUGACUACAGUGGCAAAGGAUCCCCAUACGUUGCAACGGGUUCACCACCAGCCAUCCCAAAAGUAAGGAUCAAAACCAUUAAAACUUCUUCUGGUGAAAUUACCAGGACUGUGACUAGGAUAAUGCCAGACUCAGAACAGAGCGAGUCUAGAAGUUCACCAGAACAAUCGCUGACUGAAAUGGCUUUUACAGAGGAGCUGAGUUUACGAUCUAGCCCUGUGACCAGUGCAUCAUCACAGAUGCAUGCUUCAAUAGCAGUGGAAAAUGGAAAGAAGCAAAUAUCAGCCAGAAACUUGGCUAAUGCAGUCAGUUGUUUGUCUAGUAUACCUGCCAAAGUAACUGAAAAUGUAGAUGGCAAAAGCAACUUGAAAACCAUGGCUGUAACAACUACACCACCUGAGGAUGCCAGCAGUGCCAUCAUGAAGGUUGCUGGCAUGAUACAGCAGAAGCAGGCUGCAGUAAAGCACUCAUCGAAUAUCUCCAAUACGAGUCUCCUGCCAAAAGCUGUUCACCUGGCAAGCCUUAACUUGGUUCCGCACAGUGUUGCUGCUACUGCCACCGCAAGGUCCAGUACUUCGCGGCAGAGCCAACAAAAGAUUGCCACCCAGGUGGUAACAGUGCCACUGGUGCAACAAGUCAAGAACACGGUUCCACAAAAUAAUGAAUCCCCUACUUCAAAUCAGAACAUUGUUGUUGAAGCUUUUAACAAACUGUUAAACAGCACCAAUCCUGUGCCAAUUUAUGCUCCAAACCUUAAACCACCUGCCAACAGUAAUGUAUCCAUGCCAGCUCGUGGCUAUCGCUGUCUGGAAUGUGGAGAUGCAUUUGCUCUAGAAAAAAGUUUGUCACAGCAUUAUGAGAGGCGAAGUGUCCACAUUGAGGUGAUGUGUAGCCAUUGUUCCAAACUGAUGGUCUUCUUCAACAAGUGCAGUUUGCUUUUACAUGCACGAGAGCACAAGGGCAAAGGCGCUGUUAUGCAGUGCACUCAGUUACAGAUGAAACCCAUCCCUUCGGACCAAAUGUUUUCAACCACCCCAGUGACAACUUCUGUAUCAUCUGACCCUCCUGCCCAGGCUGCAACUUCUACUGCCCAAGCAAUUAGCAGUUUGACAGUAAUUGGGAUGGAUAGUCCAGCUUUCAGUCACCCUGCCAUGCCUCUGCGCUGUGAUUCACUUAGAUUAAUACGUCAUGGGUUAAAAUGUCUCGAAUGCUAUCAACAGUUCCAGGAUGACAGCAGCCUUGCAGGACACUACCAGCAGGUGACAGAUGAUGCUGAGGCACCGACUUGUCGGGUCUGCCAGAUGAUGCUGCCCAAUAAAUGCAGUUAUGCUGCUCAUCUCCGUAUUCAUACACACAAGUCCCCUUACUGCUGCCCGGAGUGUGGUGCGGUUUGUCGUUCAGCCUAUUUCCAAACUCACGUCAAAGAAAACUGCCUACAUUAUGCACGGACAAUAGUGUAUAGGUGUGUGCACUGUGGGAUCAUCUCUAAUGAUUCAAACACACUCAAGAGUCACAUCCAAGGCACCCACUGUGAAUUUUUCCAUAAAUGCACGAUUUGUCCAAUGGCCUUCAAGUCAUCCCAAAGCGCCAGCUCCCAUUACAGCUCUCAACAUCCAUUAGUUAAACACCGGCAACCUGAAGUCAUCUUAAAGUGCUCAUUGUGCGAAACUGUAUUCAACCAGCGAGCUUUGCUACGCAAACACUUCGAACAGCACAAAAACAAGUUGAGAGCGUGUGUGUACAAGUGUCCUGUGUGCAAACAGCUCUACAUGCACAAACAACUGAUGAUGGAGCACUUCAAGGAUGUUCAUAACAAUGCACAAGCCUCUGAAAAGCCUGCAAGCCCCUUGUCUCCCUCCAGGGACUCGUCCAGUGGUCAGAAAACAGAAGCAUCUACACCACACGGAGCUGCUAAUGGUGUCACCACCAACAGCUUGAACAGUGGUAAGAAGGAUGAAACCACUGUAGAUAAGUCUGAGAUGCGGCCAAAAGUGAAGAGGCCUGGCUGGACGUGUGCCGAAUGUCUGCAGUGGUUUCCAGAGCGAGAGCUCUAUGUGUCCCAUAUGAAGAGAAGUCAUGGAAAGUCAAUGAAGAGGUAUCCGUGCCGACAGUGUGAUCGGUCCUUCAACUCCUCACACAGCCUACGGAGGCAUAUCCGAGUAAACCACGAUGGCGUCAAGAGAACUUACACCUGUUGGUAUUGCACGGAUGAAAAGCACUUUUUUGCCAAGCGCUUCAUGUUGGAGAAACACAUCAACCUAAUGCACGGCAUCAAAAACCCAGACUUUAGCCAGAUGCCUAAAGCUGUGCAUGGGGGCACAGACACAACAGUGGAGGACUUACCUGGAAAACGAAUGGCCAGUGACUCUGAAGCGGGUGAGCUGCCCAACUCCGACACAAUAGCAUCGCUUCCCAAGAAGCUGAAGGUCGCAGUGUUCAAACAAUACAGAUGUUCCAUAUGUGGCUACAUGACCAAGAGCAAAGCUGACUUCCAGAAGCACAUACCUCAGCACAAGUCUGAUGGUUCAACCUUCCAGUGUUCACAGUGUGGGCUCUGUUAUACAUCCCCACUCUCCCUGAACAGACACCUCUACAUCGUCCACAAACUCAAGGAACCCGAGAAGCUUCAAGCAGCUGAUGUGGUUAGUGAAAAUGGGCAAGAUGAACAGAAAUGGGAGUCAAACACUACAUCGGAAGAAGACAUGGAUCUUCAGUGCCAAGUCUGCAAAGACAUUUUUGACAGUGAGACGGCAUUGAGCGCUCAUGUUCGGACUCAUGGGAUGAGGUUUAUAUUAUCCAAGCAGAAUGGAGGAUCAGAGCAAUGACUGCACUGACGCUAAGGGGAGCCUUUUUAAUCCUUCUGCAUUCUGAAUGGAUCUGCUGUGACUCCAGUGAUAAACUUACAUUCAUUGAUACACAAUACAGCAACAUAUAAGCAAGUAAACGGAAGUGGUACACAUUCAAAGCUUCGCCCUGCCCUUUUAAAGGACCGUGAAAGUGAAAUAAGUGUUGCUUCAGGAACCACCAUCCUGCAAACACUAUUUUAUUUUGCUUUUUCUUGCUGGUAUCAAAACAGUAGCUUUUAUAUUUUCUACAACCCAAUGCACACGCAGAACCUCACAAGGAAAGCAAGCCAAAGAUGCUUUCUGCACCCUCCAGCCCUUAACACCCUCAAACGUUUGUGACACGUUUUUACCUGUAAUGUGGUAUUGCACUUGCGUGUCUUAGGCCACCUUCCAGUUAAGCUCCGCCACGGUCUCUGGUAGCUCUGAGUCUAUAAUUACAGAAGCAGAACCGUGUCCUACUGCUUUUCUGUUGGGUCAUGUUAGGUCAGAAUUGGGAGUUAAAGGUUCUGUGUUUGCCUUUUGAGCAAAUUAAGUGACUCAAAGUGAAUGGAUGCCCCCCUUUGAAAUGGAAAAUUGAGAUUUAAUAUGCAUGCAAUAAGGAGUCAACAUGAAGUAGCUUAUUUUAAAUAUCUUUGUCUCCCCAUCCCUUAUUUAGAAGUAAGUAGGCAGAUUAUACUGAGUAAAUUUCUGCAAUCCUUGGUGAUACAACUGUCCUCUCGUCAAAUCUUUCCUUUUGUGUGUUCUGUUUGAGUGGCAAUCCCAGUGCAACCUUUGGGAUAAUGCUGUUCCUCUCUUUGCUUUGUAACUUUUUUGGGGGGUUAGUUUCUGCCUGUUGGCCUGCUGACAAAGCACCCUGAUGCUCCGCUCCAACCAUGUCUGCAGCACAUACCUUCAACUGCUUACUUUGUAACAUUUAAACUCGGUGAACAGAAUAAGGCACAAUGAGCUAGGUCAGACAGUUACUUACUGUAAAGCCUUGCUCAGAAAUCUCACCUCCUGCAUCUUGUGGUGCCAGUACACAAGCUUAUGUAAUGCAGAAGCAUUGCUCAAAAAAUGAGUAGUGUAGUAGCUUGUAGAGUUAUUUGAGGGUGGUUCUGAUUUUAAAACUAUGCAGUAUUGUGUUCCUUUCAAGCAAAUGAUUGAGAUAAACAACUGCAAAUGUUCUCUUAAGUUAUCACCUUUCGUGAUAACUUUUCAUUUUUGACAUCUGUAUGGACAAUGAAGUUUUUGAGAGCUUUGAGAUUACGUCACUAUUUGUAGGUUACAAUUACAUAAAACCACACACUUUGGCUUUUGCACAGCAAAGCCUCUGACCUGGGGGCAAACUAAGAAUCAUAGAUUUACACCACAGAAACAGACUCUUUGGCCCAUUAAGUCUGAAGUGCUUUUCUCUGUAUGAGCCACCUAAUGUAUUCCACUCUCCUUUUUCCCCCCCCAGUGUCCUUUAUUUAACCAUUUUGAUUCCCUUUUAAAAUAAUUUGUGAGCGCUGCUUGAAAGUGGCAGGGAACUCCACAUUCCACUUAUAAUACUAUGUAAGGAAUUUAUUUGUAACCUCCCCUUUAAUUGUUUAGAGGAAAGAAAAAGCUGUAGAACAGGUCAGCCAGGGCACCUACAGCAUCACAGGUUUAAAAGAAACCUGGAACCAUUGUUUUUUCUCCCUGUCAACUAGGAAGAGUUGCGAGGUUGUAGAUGCAGAGGAUAAGAGAGCACUGUCUUGGAGGGUUGGAUGGGGAAACUGUGUUGUGCGCAGCACUGUGCCCCAAAGUUCCUCAAAAGGACCGGGUAAUCUCUUCAGAACUGCUUGUACUUGCCUGAAAAUUCCAAAAGUGGGUACUGCUCUGGAAUGAGAGGAAAAGCUAGUAUAAUGUUUCACAUCUUUUAGACAACAGAUAAACACUGCAUAAAAGCAAAAUACUGCGGAUGUUGGAAAUCUGAAACAAAAACAAAAUGCUGGAAAAGCUCAGCAGCUCUAACAGCAUCUGUGAAGAGAAAAACAGAGUUAACGUUUUGAGUCAAUAUGACUCCUCUUCAGAGCGAAGAAGAGUCAUACAAGCUCAAAAGAUAAACACUGCAUAUUGGAAUUGGAAAGAUCUGACUAGUAUUGGUCUUUGUUUAUUGAGGACAAACUGGAUUGUUAUCAUUUCAGUUCUGUACUCUGUACGUUCUGAAAUUGGGGACCACCUCUCAUUUAUUAAUUUGUGACACCCCCUAAUCAUGACGGAGGAGUCACCACAAACUCGGGUCACCAAAAUUUUAAUUAAAUUUGCUUUUUUUAAAUUGUGUCACAUGAAUGUGUGGUUAGAUUUACUGAAUGACUCCAGAUUGUAAUUUAAUUGUAGCCUUCUAGGCGUGUGUAACACUUGCCAUUUGGCCCCUGCGAGGAAUUAUCUGCCUGACAUCACUAGGAUUGAUUUGUCAAGUCUACAGAAAUAUCCUGUGCAUUAAGCACAGGCAAGGGACAAGUACCUUACAGAAUGGAUUUUAUUAGCAUUGCAUUUCUCACACACCCCAGUUUGAGGUCAAGAAUGCAUGGAGGCGAGAUUUCAAAUCAGCCCAAACAUAGUCAAUGUCAGUCAGAUAACUGUUCCAUUGCGAUGUAAGAUGCAAAACGGCAGCUUUGCAAGGCUGCAGUUAUUAGCAGUCUCCAAUAGUGAGAUUUUCCAUAACUUCAACAAACUGUGAUCAUUCGCAACUACAAAAUUAACUAUUAUUCAAUAUUCUGCUUGUUAAACUAAAUAAUCAGGGAUGCUAUUCAAAGCAUGAAAUAGAUUUCUUUUAAAUAAUUGAUUAGGACAGAGAUUAAUGUUGACACUGAGUUAGAAUUUCCACUAAUUCCCAGUCAGUUGGAGGAAAUCAUGCCCAAUGUUUGCAUUCUGUAUUACAGAAGCUCAUUUCACGUUUGCAAACUAAAGCUCUAACUCUGGUGCUGGCGACUAGAGAAUUGUGCAGGUCACUGAAAUCCUGAUGACUGUUAGCACACUCUAAAUUAAAUCAUCAAAUCUUGAUAUGACCAAUUAAUUUGCAUUUGUAUUAGGUUGAAACCAGACUUUUAAGAUGCAGAGAGGUUCUCUAGAUCACGCAGAUCUCUUCAUGUGGUGAAAUUAUUUAAUUUCAAAUGGUUCUUCAUAUUGAGUGGAGAUUGUGGGCACAGUGCAAAGUCAGAUGCAAGGUGGAUGUGCCCUGGCCAAGCAACAUGGCAAGCUGACUGGUGUUUUUCCUUCUCUACCAUUUUCCCUCUCGCAGGUUACAGGAAGUGUAAAAGGGGGACCUUCUUUGUUUGGAAGGUUAGAAAGGUAUUUUCCUUGUUGAACAAGGCUUUGUGCAUUGGCUUGUUUUCUUUUUCAGUCUCCCCAUGCCCAUUUAAAAUGAAGGUUGCAGAAGAAUGUCCAGCGACCCCACUCACCUUUCUGUAAAUCACUUCAGAAUACAGCUGAAGCCUCUUAAUGGGAGCAUCCCUCACCCCUCACUUCCCCUGAGUGCGCGCACGCCCCCCCCCCCCCCCAUCCUGGGGAGUGACACAUUCCUCUCUGUUCACUUGUUCUUUUAAAGCAGACACUGUAGAAUGUAUGAGAUUGAAUCAGAGUCUGUGCCAGUGUUUCCUUUGUAAAUGGGCAGUGCCAUUAGGAAGGAUGCUCAUUAACUGGCUCAUGCACUGCCAUUCCUUCUGGUACCCAUGUGAAUGGCACUAAAGUAAUUUACAGGAGGACCAAAUAAAGUAUUUUAAAAGAAUUAAAAAAAACAGACCUAGUGUAAUUCCCUGCUUAAAUGACCACUGUACUGUAUCUUAAAUUUUAUAAAAUUAAUUUCUUUAAAGAAAAAUGUAUCUCCCAUAUUACUCAAUUUUAUAAAUUACUUUGGAGAUUUAUAUUUAAUUGUAGUCAUAUUGACUAAAAUUUUCACGUGAACUUCCUAUUUAAGUGCUAUACUACCUUACGCUAUUGUGUUCACGUGAUGUUAUAUUACACUCUAAGGGGACACCCCAGACUCCAAGCAGAACUGUAUCAAAAGGCACACUCCACUACCAGAAGGAUUCAUUUUUAUUUUUUUUCAUCUGCAUAGUGCAGUUCUUGCUGAGUUGCAUCCUCUGGCUAUGGGCAGUGACUUACUUGCUCCAAAGAAGAGGUUAGCUUAUGUUUGCUGCGUUGAUGAAAUUAGUAAACUUGAGUAAAUGCUGGGAGCUGGAUAUUUGGAGGGUUUUAAUUGUUGUGUAUUAAUUGGAGUCUGGAGUCUACCUCUUGAUAUUUUUGAGCCCGAAUUCAGCUCUAUUAUUUACAGAUGAAAAUAAUUUAAAAUAUUUAUCUUACAGAAUUCAGCUCUGUUCACUUCCUUAUUUCAAUGUUUUUUAUACAACAUAUACAGACAUUUGUACUUUUUGAUAAAUGUGUAUAGUAGCGUGUAGAGAAACAUUUUGCAAGGUAACCUGUGUAGUUUGCUAAGGGUAGAUCUACAUGUUAUCAGGGAUUUUCCCCCCGCCCCAAGCCAUCACCUCUCUAUUUAAUCUGCAUUGGCCUCUGUGCCUUCUUAUUAUGUUUACUUAAAAAUAUUUCAAAUAAAAGGAACAGAAAGUGAAUUUUUAA